AUGGCAUCUGCUCAGACUUUGACCCCUAGUUCCUCUGAAUUCGACACCCUUCAGGAGGCUUACGGCCUUACUCCAGCUGAUGGAGUGGAGUUUCCAGCCCCUAGUUCUUUGAUCACUCGACCUUCGGCUGGGAAGGUGGGCAUUUAUUUGAAAACCAUUGAUGCCUUUCAAGAAGAAAUCCUCUGGUGUAAUGGGUGCAAUGUCCAGAUGCUAACCCCGGGUGUUGUUCAUAAGAUAAUGGCCUUUGAGAUGAUCUGUCGGGCUAACAACAUCAUUCCUGACUACUUCAUCUUCAAGUUCUUUUUUCGGUUCGGCGCCACCAACGACAAAUAUACCUUCUCUUCCCGAGGCCUCGUUUACGUUUACUUUCUCACGGUUGUCUUCUCCGUUUUUUUGUCCGGUGUUGAAUGCUCUGUCUCUAUGGAUUCCGUGUUGCGGGGUUGUUACCAGGGUAAGUUGGAGCAUCAUGUAGUGAAUUUGUAUGAGACUUUGCCUCCUCCCCGUCGCUUGACUAAUGUUGUUCGGGUGCCCCCACAACCCGUGGGGAGUUCUAUCGCAUCGGAAAGUCAGUUGAGUUCCCAUACCGUCACGACCCCUCCGACAGCUUCCCGUUCUUCUACUGGGCUGGCGACUGACGGUGUGGUGGACAACAAAGUUGGGAUUGUGGUUGGCGAUCGUUAG